AUGGAGAACUCCGGCUAUGGCAAAGACGGCAUUUACCGAUCACUUCGUCCAACGCUCGUUCUUCCCGAAGAUCCCAACAUAUCGUUAGUCUCUUUCCUCUUCCGUAACACCUCUUCUUACCCAACAAAGCUUGCUCUCGUUGACUCUGACACCGGCGACUCUUUAACCUUCUCUCAGCUCAAGUCCACCGUUUCUAGACUCGCACACGGGUUUCUCCGUCUAGGCAUCCGCAAAAACGACGUCGUGAUGAUCUUCGCACCAAACUCUUACCAGUUCCCUCUCUGUUUCCUCGCCGUAACAGCGAUCGGCGGCGUUUUCACCACCGUGAAUCCUGCUUACACUGUCAAUGAGGUUUCAAAGCAGGUCAAAGACUGUAACCCUAAGAUCAUCAUCACCGUUCAAGAACUGCUCGAAAAGGUCAAGACUUUUGAUCUCCCCAUCGUGCUACUCGGACAGAGUAGUCUUGACUCGAGUUCUUCCGAGAUCCUUAGUUUAAAGAACGUGAUGGAGCUGUCCGAGCCAGUUUCAGAUCUACCUUACGUGGAUGUCAAGCAAUCGGACACGGCUGCACUGUUGUAUUCCUCUGGAACUACGGGAAUGAGCAAAGGUGUGGAGCUAACUCACGGGAACUUCAUAGCAACGGCUCUGAUGGUGACGAUGGAUCAAGAUCUCAUGGGAGAGUAUCACGGUGUGUUCUUGUGUUUUCUUCCCAUGUUCCAUGUGUUUGGGUUGAGUGUGGUUACUUAUGCACAGCUUCAGAGAGGGAAUGCUGUGAUCUCCAUGGCGAAGUUCGAUCUCGUGAAGCUACUUCAGAACAUUGAGAAGUAUAGAGUCACUCAGCUUUGGGUUGUUCCACCUGUGUUCCUUGCUCUUGCCAAGCAAAGUAUUGUGAAGAAGUAUGAUCUUUCUUCACUUAAGUACAUUGGAUCAGGAGCUGCUCCUCUUGGGAAAGAUUCGAUGGAGGAGUGUGCAAGAAACAUCCCUAAUGUUGUGCUUAUGCAGGGCUACGCAAUGACUGAAACGUGUGGAAUAGUCUCUAUGGAAGACCCGAGACGCGGGAAAAGAAACUCUGGUUCAGCUGGGAUGCUUGCUUCAGGUAUUGAAGCUCAGGUGGUCAGUGUAGGAUCUGGAACACUUCAACCUCCGAAUCAACAAGGCGAGAUAUGGGUUCGAGGACCUAACAUGAUGAAAGGUUAUCUCAAUAACGCUGAAGCUACUAAAGAAACUAUAGAUGACAAUGGUUGGGUACAUACCGGAGAUCUUGGAUACUUUAACGAGGAUGGUAACCUUUUCAUCGUCGAACGAAUCAAAGAACUUAUCAAAUGCAACGGUUUCCAGGUUGCACCAGCUGAGCUAGAAGCUCUUCUUGUAUCCCAUCCUGAAUUACUAGACGCUAUCGUUAUCCCGUUCCCUGAUGUUUAUGCGGGUGAAGUUCCAAUUGCAUUUGUUGUACGGUCACCGAAAACCUCAAUAUCAGAGGAAGAUGUUCAAAAGUUCAUAGCCAAACAGGUUGCUCCUUAUAAAAGACUACGAAGAGUGAGCUUCGUUAGCACCAUCAUUGACUCUGACUCCGGCGACUCCUUAACCUUCUCCGACCUCAAAUCCUCCGUUGCUAGACUCGCACACGGCUUCCUCAAACUGGGUAUCCGUCAAAACGACGUUGUUCUCAUCUUCGCUCCGAACUCUCACCAGUUCCCUCUCUGUUUCCUCGCCGUCUCCGCCAUCGGAGCCGUUUUCACCACCGCGAAUCCUCUCUACACCACCAACGAGGUCUCCAAGCAGAUCAAAGACUCGAACCCUAAACUCAUCAUCACCGUUGAACCAUUACUCGAUAAAGUCAAAGGCUUUAACCUCCCUUUAGUGCUCCUCGGAUCUAACGAGAGUCUUGAAUCAAACUCAAAGAUCGUCACUUUCAAGAAAGUGAUGGAUCUUUCAGACAAAGUUUCAGAUCUCCCUGUCGUUGACAUCAAGCAAUCCGACACAGCUGCACUCUUGUAUUCGUCAGGGACCACAGGGAUAAGCAAAGGUGUUGAACUGACUCAUGGGAACUUUAUAGCAGCGUCUUUGAUGGUGACGAUGGAUCAAGAUCUCAUGGGAGAGUAUCACGGUGUGUUCUUGUGCUUUCUUCCCAUGUUUCAUGUGUUUGGUCUUGCUGUGAUCGCUUACUCUCAGCUUCAGAGAGGGAAUGCUUUGGUUUCCAUGGCUAGGUUUGAGCUUGAGUUGCUGCUUAAGAAUAUUGAGAAGUAUAGAGUUACUCAGCUUUGGGUUGUUCCUCCUGUGUUCCUUGCUCUUGCUAAGCAAAGGGUUGUGAAAAAGUAUGAUCUUUCUUCGCUCAAGUAUAUUGGGUCUGGAGCUGCUCCUCUUGGGAAGGAUUUGAUGGAAGAGUGUGGAAGAAACAUUCCUAAUGUCGUGCUUAUGCAGGGUUAUGGAAUGACUGAAACGUGUGGGAUAGUCUCUGUGGAGGACCCGAGGCUCGGGAAAAGGAACUCUGGUUCAGCUGGAAUGCUUGCUCCUGGUAUUGAAGCUCAGAUAGUAAGUGUAGAAUCUGGAAAGUCUCAGCCUCCUAAUCAACAAGGGGAGAUAUGGGUUCGAGGCCCUAACAUGAUGAAAGGUUAUUUCAAUAACCCUCAGGCUACUAAAGAAACAAUAGAUAAGAAAGGUUGGGUACAUACGGGAGAUCUUGGUUACUUCAACGAAGAUGGUAACCUUUUCGUUGUUGAUAGACUCAAAGAACUUAUCAAAUACAAAGGCUUCCAGGUUGCUCCAGCUGAAUUAGAAGGUCUACUCGUAUCACAUCCUGAGAUACUAGAUGCUGUCGUUAUCCCGUUCCCUGAUGAAGAAGCUGGUGAAGUUCCAAUAGCAUUUGUUGUACGCUCACCAAAUAGCUCGAUAACAGAGGAAGAUAUUCAAAAGUUCAUAGCUAAACAGGUGGCUCCUUACAAAAGAUUAAGGAGAGUGAGUUUCAUUAGCAGUGUUCCAAAAUCUGCUGCUGGUAAGAUCUUGAGAAGGGAACUUGUUCAGCAAGUAAGGUCCAAGAUGUGAAGCAUCUUAUACUGCGGGAGAUCAGAGUCAUCUCUGUGCUGUCUUGUCUUUUUCACGUUUUUAUGUAUCAUUUGAAAUUAAACAAUUACACAAACUGUACAAAGUGAAGAAAAAUAACACAGGCUCAGAGGUAAAAUACAUGCACAAUAUUCUAUCUUUCUUUCUAUUUUUAGCAAUAAACAAACACAUGUUUCUUCACAAGAAAAAAUAUACUCUGGUUUGUUUUGGUCAAAACAAUAUGAGAAUUUGC